AUGAGUUUUGCACAGCAAGCUGCUAUGCUUGGAUUAGGUGCACAGCAACAGGCGUUUGCUCAACCCAAUGCAAUGCUUGCCAUGAUAGCAGCAAUGCAGAACCCAGCUGCACUAGGGAUGACGCCAGCCAUGCUUGCUGCUAUGAAUCCGGCCUUCGCUGCUGCUGCAUUAGGUGCAGGGGGGCAGCAGGCACACACAGCUGGUCUUACGGGUUUUGGAGCUCAGGGUUUUGGGGCACAGGCAUUUGGAGCAGGAGGUGCAGCUUUCCCAAAUGCAGCUGGUGUUCAAGCAGCAGCGGCUGCAUAUCAAGGAGCUGGAGCUCCUCCUGGUUUUCAAGGGCCACCUGGGUUUCAGGUUGGCCAAGCAACUACCCAGACAAGCACUGCAGCGGCAGCAGCUGCCGCCGCUGCCAGUGCUGCUGGUUAUCAGGCUGGGGCAGCUGGGCAGGGCCAGGCUCAGAUUGGAGGCACUGGUUUUCAGGGUGGAUAUUGA